GCUGGCUCCUGCCCGGGCCGCGGCAGCGGGAGGCGGCGCAGGACUAGGAGGGAUGCUGCUGCGGACCGCGGCCACCAGGCAGAGUGGGGUUUCCCGGGAGAUGUUUCUGACCAUCGCCGUCUGGCUGGCUUGGCAGGAAACCUUCGCGGCGCCGACCCCUACGGCCGAUGACCUGAACCUGGGAGUUGACUGGCUGACUAAAUUUGGCUACCUGCCUCCUCCAGGCCCUGUCACAGGACAACUGCAGACCCAGGAAGAGCUUGCAAAAGCCAUCACAGCCAUGCAGCAGUUUGGAGGCCUAGAAGCAACAGGGAUACUAGAUGAAGCUACACUGGAAUUAAUGAAGACGCCUCGUUGCUCUCUACCUGAUCUUGCUGAGUCAGAGACCAGGAAGAAGCGGCACACUCAGGCCGUGACAAAGUGGAAUAAAAGGAAUUUAUCUUGGAGAGUCCGCACCUUCCCCAAAGAAUCCCACCUGGGCCAUGACACGGUCCGCGCCCUCAUGUACUAUGCCCUGAAGAUCUGGAGUGACAUUACCCCGUUGAAUUUCCACGAGGUGGCGGGUAACAACGCUGACAUACAGAUAGACUUCUCCAAAGCGGACCACAAUGAUGGGUAUCCCUUUGACGGGCCUGGAGGAACGGUAGCACAUGCUUUCUUCCCUGGAGACCAUCAUACCGCAGGAGACACUCAUUUCGAUGAUGAUGAAUAUUGGACCUUCCGAUCAUCAGAUGCCCAUGGGAUGGACCUGUUUGCCGUGGCAGUCCAUGAGUUUGGCCACGCUAUCGGCUUGACUCACAUCUCUGCAUUAGAGUCUAUCAUGAGACCCUAUUACCAGGGACCGGUGGGGGAUCCCCUGAAGUAUGACCUGCCUUACGAAGACAAAGUCAGAAUCUGGCAACUGUAUGGAGUCAGGGAUUCUGUGUCCCCAACAGCCAAGCCUGAAGUAACCAAAACUGACGACCGCCCUGUUCUGCCAGAGCUACCAGAGAACCGCUCCACCGUGCAGCUCAGAAGAGAUAUGCCCAACAGGUGCAACACUCACUUUGACGCUGUGGCUCAGAUCAGAGGCGAGGCUUUCUUCUUCAAAGGCAAGUACUUCUGGAGACUGACUCGCAAUAAACACUUGGUCUCCCUCCAGCCAGCUCAGAUCCACCGUUUCUGGAGGGGUCUCCCCCUCAACAUGGACAGUGUGGACGCGGUGUACGAGAGAACCAAUGACCACAAGAUCGUGUUCUUCAAAGGAGACAGAUACUGGGUGUUCAAAGACAAUAACGUGGAGGAAGGAUACCCUCGGCCAAUUUCGGAUUUUGGCUUGCCACCGGGAGGCAUCGACGCUGCUUUUUCCUGGGCCCACAAUGACAAGACUUAUUUCUUUAAGGACAGUCUCUACUGGCGCUAUGAUGACCAUGAGCGGAGGAUGGAUCCCGGCUAUCCUUCCGAGACCACUUUGUGGAAGGGGAUUCCAAGCAUGUUAGAUGAUGCAAUGAGAUGGUCAGAUGGUGCAACCUAUUUCUUCAGGGGCAAGGAGUACUGGAAAGUGUUGGACAAUGACUUGGAAGCAGAACCUGGUUACCCUCAGUCCAUCGCCAGAGACUGGCUGGUGUGCGGUGAUAUGCAGUCUGAUUCUCCAGACUCGUCAGGGAGCAGCAGGACUGGGGCACGCUCGAAUCAAGGGCAGCACGAUGAGAGCCGUUCGGAAAAUGGCUACGAGGUCUGCUCAUGCACCUCCUCCUCCUCAGAUUCCCUCUCGGCCCGCCUGGCGCUCAGACUCUCAGCAAGCCUUGUGCUAGCAAGCGUGUGGACAGCAGCAGUGGCUUGUGCAGCACUAUGACAUCCAGUAACAUGGACGAGAAGACGUUGCGGUGCUUCAGGGACUGGUGGUGGAUAGAAUCACACCAUGCUACACUGUUACAGCUGAAACAAACAUGCCUAGGAACAUGGCAGCGAAGGUUUCAAGUUCUCCAUGAGAAGUGAACUGGGUUUAUUUUUAUUUUUUAGUUAAAGAUCUGAUAAUGGACUGUGGGUUCUGCACCUUCUUAUUCCCCCAGCCAGCUAAAGAAUAAAGACGUUGCUGAAUAUUAGUUACAAAGGUUCCAUAGAGAUGUAACACUCAGGGUGUGUAAGAACUGCCAAGUGGAGAAGGCCUGGAUACAUUGAAAGGCAACUCUGGUUUCAUGAAAACAGACCAGAUAGUGGUGAAACCCCAUUGUUAUUCCAGGAAUAAAAGCAGCCCUGUUGUAAGGCUGUGGGAGAGAUACAACAGCUGUGCUGACAUUCAGUAAUGUAACAUGCAUCUUGAAUGGAUGUAUGAGAUAGAAUGGCAUCCUGACUGCACUGGGCUUGACUGCAAAGUGGUACAUUUCACAAACAAAUCUACGCUGCCAGCUGAUGUCAAGCUAACUCAUGCCAGUUUCUAUAGAUCAGAAACAUAUUUGCCUUUAUAAAGGACGUGAAGGUCACCUUUGAUUCCAGAUGUUUAAAUGUAAGGGCUUCUCUGUUAAAUCUUGGCCAUACAAACAUAGAUACCAUGGUCAGCAGCCGGUAUCAAUCCCCCCUUAUCUUGACUGCUCGAGCUAGAGUAGCUUUUUCAGCUCUGAGCAAGUAGCAGGCUGUUAUAAGCACUGAGUGCAGUCAUUCGACUGAGAUAGUUACACACACGAAGCCAGUGUAAUCCACAUGCAUCUAACUUUUCUGCUCCCGUAAAUUCUAUUGUAGAUGUAUUUCAUGAUUGAUCACUGUAUACAAAAAUCACAUUCGUUUAAGGCUUCCUUUGAAGGGUCUGUGAGGGACUAAACUUUGAAUUGUGGAUGCACGCGCUAGUUUUAAAUGUAUUUUCAAAUAGCAGGUUCUGCUUUUUGGAUGGCUUCUUAUAUCAGCCAGAUGCCAUUAUGAUACCAUCGGUUGUGAAUCAGUUAUUCUAUAUGCCACUGUCACUGUUUAAUUUGGCACCAUGAAAUACAGUAAGGGAGAAGGAAGGGGAUUAAUUGUUUUAAAGUGGGGAUCUUGCUCUGUAAAAAUGACAUGACAAAAUUCCAUGUUUGUCUCUCUUUCAUUUAUAGAUCCAGUUUGCUCGGUUCACAGGUAAAAAGAUGGUUUUCUAACUGUCCCCAAACUCUACAUGGGAUCAGAGAGUAAAGCUAGGUUCUUUCUGGCUCCUGGACCAACACUUGUCCCCCUGGCUCAGAGGAAGUGUAUUAUAGAUGUACAUAUGUGGGGCUCCUAUGGUUGGUUGAAAUGGUUUAAAUUUCACACGUUCCAUCAAAAAUGUUAUUGGAAUUUUGAGCCAAAAAAGAGUGAAAGAUGUUCAGUGAAAUCUUCACAAAACUUCUCUCCCCUCUUUCCCACCCCUCACAUACGUUAGACAAACUUUAGAGCUAGCUGAAAUUUCUAAUAUAUGGAUGCUUGAUUAAGUUUAUAAGAACUUGAAGACUGGAUGAAAUUUCAAAAUUCAAAAAUAAUGAUGAAAAACUUUUUCACCAUUUUUUCCUUCAGUUUCUUUUACCUGUUCUAGUUGCACCUUACCUCCAUGUUGAGAUCAUGGUUCUCCUUUGAGUGAGUGUGUACUGUGUACAUUGCAGUGAUAGUGUGUGCAUCCAGUGUACUUGAGUUGGGAGGCACGUGUGCUUGUGUACAUGCACGCAUGCCAUCAAUGGAAUGUAUAUGUACACAACAUGUCUUGAAGGACAACAGUUACUGUACAGGUAAAUAACCCCUUCUUCCUGGUGGUGAUAUGUGAGUAAGAAGGAGCCAGCUUGACUCUCAGAUCCAAGGAGAACUUGAAGGGCCACUAGAUUUUAAAAAAUCCUUUAAACUGUAAACUGAGAAACUUUGGUGUUGAAUUACACUGCUUGGAAACCCCCUCCCCCCCCAAAAAAAAAUUGUGAUCAACUAUUUCACUGGGGGAAAGUGGGGGUUGGGACCCAAAACAAUGUGUUAAAAAUUAGAAAUUUUCCACUGGCCCUAAGUCUGGAGCCAGUGAAAGACAGUCACCAUGGAAUCCUGCAUUGUCAAUUUUCAGAGUAAAACACUUUUAAGGGAGCCAUUUUCAAAAGGGCCAAGCCCUGGCCUACCUCUGUUCCCACUGAGAUCAACAUUGAAAAUUGCUCUUGAAAAUCCACCGAAGAGCCUCUUCGAUGAUAUUUCCUGGAAGAGACUCUUCAUUGAAAAAAACCAAAAAAGCAAAAAGUAGCACUAGUUUCCUCUAACUUCCAGAUAAAUUUAAAUGAUGAAACAUCUCUUGCAAAGUCUUUUGGUCAUCGGCCUUUCUCUCUCCCCCUUCCCAUGUGGAUCACGUUGACAAGUAAUUCUUCUCUUCAUACUAGCCACUAUGGUGGCACUGAAUGGGCUGGUGUCUUUUGGUAGCCUAACGGAAGCUAGAUAAGGAAUCUAAAUGGUGACUCUCACACACUUGGUGCCAUUUUGGGGCAAGUGAGUGUAGUGUUAAAUGGGUUAUAUUAACUCUUUCAGGGCUUCAGGGAAUGGUGUGGCUUGCGGGGAGCAAAGUCCACACAGCUACACCAGAUUGUUUAGUUCUUGGUGGUUUUACUGUGGUAAGUCCCUCAGCAAAGGUUCUUCAGCAGAGUAGGCAGUCACAGGAUAAGAGGGAAGGUCCUCUCACGGAUCGGUAACUGAUUCAAAGAUAAGAAACAAAGGGUAGGACUAAAUGGUCGGUUUUCACAGAGGAGAGGGGUAAAUAGCAGGGUCUCCCCAAGAGUUUGUACUGGGACCUGUUGCUGUUCAACAUAUUCAUAAAUGAUCUGGAGAAAGGGGUGAACAAUGAGGCAGCAAACUUUGCAGACGAUACAAAGUUACUCAAGGUAGUUCAGUCCAAACCUGACUAUGAAGAGCUACAAAGGGAUCUCAUGAAACUGGGUGACUGGGCAACCAACUGGCAGAUGAAAUUCAAUAUUGAUAAGUGCAAAGUAAUAAACAACGGAAAACAUAUUCUCAACUAUCCAUACAAAAUGAUAGGGAUCUAAAUUAACUGUUACCAUUCAAGACAGAGAUCUUGGAGUCAUUGUGGAUAGUUCUUUGAAAACGUCCACUUGAUGUUCAGUCACGAAAGCUUGGAAAAGGGAUAGAUAAUAAAACAGAAACUAUCAUAAAACUGUUAUAUAAAUCCAUGGUACACCCACACCUUGAAUACUGCAUGCAGUUCUGGUCACCCCAUUGCAAAAAAGAUACAUUCAAAUUGGAAAAGGUGUUGAGAUGGGGAACAGAAAUGAUUAGAGGGGUGGAACAACUUCCAUACAAGACUGGGACUGUUCAGUUUAGAAAAGAGAUGGGGGAGGGGAAGAGAUGAUAGAGAUCUAUAAAGUCAUCACCGAUAUGUAGAAAGCGAAUAAGUGCUGUUUGCCCCUUCACAUAACACACGAACUAAGGGUCACACAAUUAAAUUAAUAGGCUGUAGGUUUAAAACAAGAUAAGAAAGUCCUCCUUCACACAACGCACUGUCAACCUGUGGAACUCAUUGCUAGGGGAUGUUGUAAGGGCCAGAAGUAUAACUGAGUUCAAAAAAGCAUUAGAUAACUUCAUGGAGAACAUGUCCAUCAAUGGCUAUUAGCCAAGUUGGUCAGGGAUGCAACCCCAUGUGCUGGGUGUCCCUAAGCCUCCAACUGCCAGAAGCAUCCACGACUGGCCAUCAGAGACAGGAUACUGGGCUACAUGGACCAUGGAUCUGACCCAGUAUGACCAUUCUUAUGUUCUUAAGUCCAUUUCCCUGGGUGUACACUGAGCAGCUGAGGGCACCUAAAGGGACUGAAUUAGAUCCAGAGCUGGUAAACAAUUCCACACCCAAAGAGCUGUCAAAAUGGUGUUGCUACUGUAAUUCAGCAGCUGCUAAUGGACCCUGAAGGUGUGGGUUUGCCAGCAGCUGCUAGUACAUGUUAUGUUUCUCUGCCCAGCACAUGCAGCAUGGAGUUUAUUAAAAGCCAUCACAAAAAUCACUCCCCUCCUCCCCAAAUGCCAGGCCUCGGUUAAUAGCAUGACACAGGGACUCGGAAGCAGGCUGCAGCAUCCGUUUGGGCUCACAUUGUAACACUUGAUCUUUGCAACAUUGCUGCUGCUCUGGUCACAUCCCAGUCUGGGGCUGCUGCAGAAGGAGAACAAAAAAAACCCGCCUUGAUCAGACCAGACUAGCAUGUAAUAUGGGCUGGAAAUUGUAAUCGACAAGCUUGGGAGGCUCUGUGAGGGCUGCUUCUGCUGCAGAGCCACAAUGAAAGGCUCAUUUCCUUCACAGCAGGAGGCUCCUUUGGUUCACUCGAGCCACAGCCCCGAAGCCACUUUGUUUUUGAUCUUGCUAGGCACUGAUGGGCCAUUGCUUUCUGAAUUACCAACCACAUUUGUUUUGAAAGUGCCAGUCCCAUUAGUCUGCACCUCCUGUGGUUAGCUGGUGGCUAGUGCUACAGCAAGGUUCAGGUGGAGCAUAACUGUAUAGAGCUGCUGGUGUUUCGCCAUCACAAAGAUCUUAACUUUGCUGGGAGGAGACCUCCUGGUUUGCAGACUUCCUUGAGCUAGCGUUGCUAUUUCCCCUUCCCUCCCUCCCUCCCCCCCCCCCGGCCCUUUGGGGCUGGGUGCAAAUACCAUUGGAAAAUCGACGGGAGUCUUGGAUCAGACUCCCAUGGAGCUAUGUUGGGUGCCUUUUUCUAGAGUGGGAACAGGACACAAUUGCAUCCUGACAAAUUUAAAAAAAAAAGCAAAUGGUCACCUUAUGUUUGCCCAUCUACUGUUUGCAUUUUUAAGUGUUCACAGUGAUUUGCAAAAUGGGACUGUUUUUAGGACAUUAUAAUGCAGUGUGAUUUUACAGGACACUGGAUGUGAA